AUGUCCCGGCCCAGCAGCAAAGCCAUUUACAUGCACCGGAAAGAGUACUCACACAACCUGGGCUCAGAGCCCACCUGCCUGCAGCACAGGGUGGAGCACCUGAUGACAUGUAAGCUGGGGACUCAGAGAGUCCGGGAGCCCAAGGACGCCAUGCAGAAGCUGCAGGAGCUGGACGCUCAGGGCCGUGUGUGGAGCCAGAACCUGCUCCUGCAGGUCAGAGAUGGCUGGCUCCAGCUACUGGACAUCGAAUCCAAGGAGGUGCUGGACUCUUACCGCCUGGACAGCAUCCAGGCCCUGGACGUGGUGCUCAACUCCUGCUCCUACAACUCCGUCCUGUCCAUCACCGUGCAGGAGCCGGGCCUGCCAGGCAGCAGCACUCUGCUCUUUCAGUGCCAGGAAGUGGGAGCAGAGCAACUGAGGACCAGCCUGCAGAAGGCCCUGAAGGAGGAGCUGGAGCACAGACCCCGAUAUGGAGACCUUCCCCAGGACAGAUGGAGGGGGGCUCCUCUGGAAAUGCCACUGCCCCUGGAGCAGGGCCCCCCUCCAGAACAGCCCCACUGGGUGGCCACAGAGCACAACAUACCACCAUCCCCAAGGCCCCUGCUGCGACACUCCAGUGCCCGAGAACCAAGCACCUUCCCCCUGACUCCUCCAAGGCAGCCCCCGCCCCCGGAGGACCCAGCGAGGGACGAGGAGGUGCUGAACCACAUCCUAAGAGACAUUGAAGUAUUCGUGGGACAGCUGAAGAAGGCCCAGGCCAACCCCAGUCUGAAGAAGAAGAAGAAGAGACAGGACAUGAAAAAGUACAUGGAUCAGCAGGGGGUGAUACGGGCCCAGUACUUCGAUUGCUUCCAGAAGUUCAAGUACAGCUUCAACCUCCUGGGGAGGCUGGCCGUCCAUCUGCAGAAUCCCAGUGCCGCUGAGCUGCUGCACAUUCUCUUCCAUACUCUGGGCUUCGUCCUAACCCAGUGCCCUGAGCAGGACCUAGCAGCCCAAGUGAUCUCACCCCUCCUCACCCCCGAAGCAGUCAGCACACUGCAGUGCUACCUGAGCCCACCUGACAGCAAACUCUGGAAGAGCCUCGGCGUGGCCUGGACCACCAGCCAGAACAACUGGACAGGCCAUGAGCCCCCACCCUACCAACCCACGUUCUAUGAUGGUUGGCAGCUUCCAGAACCUUCCAACCAGACGCCCUCAGGAUAUCAGGACUCUGCUUCCCUCCAGCCCUUUACCCCAAGAUCUGUCGCGUCAACCCUGAAAAUGCAAGUCUUAUAUGAGUUUGAAGCUAGGAACGCAAAGGAGCUGACUGUGGUCCCAGGAGAGGUGCUGGAGGUUCUGGACCACAGCAAGCGGUGGUGGCUGGUGAAGAAUGGGAUUGGAAAGAGUGGCUACGUUCCCAGCAACAUCCUGGAGCCCCUACAGUCAGGGAGGCCCGGGAGCCAAAGCCAGUUGGCCCCUCAGGCUCCAGUGCUUCGACUUAGCUCAAGGCCCGAGGAGGUCACAGCCUGGCUGCAAGCAGAGAAAUUCUCCACCAUAACGGUGAAGACCCUUGGGUCCCUGAUGGGGACCCAGCUGCUUUACAUGAGCCCGGGGGAACUACAGAUGCUGUGUCCACAGGAGGCCUCACGGGUUGUAGCACGGCUGGAGGCCAUGAGAAGGAUGCUGGGGGUCUCCAGUUUGCAGUGA